AUGGACACCGGCUCCUACCGAAUUCCCAUUGCCAUCCAAUUCGCGUGGGCAAUCAUUCUCGUCCUCGGAAUGCUCUUGCUACCUGAGACGCCCCGCUUCCUGAUCAAGAAGGACCGUCAUGAGGCUGCCUUGAAGGCCCUUGCGAGACUUCGCCGGGUGGACGUCAACGAUGCAUCCGUCAUUCAGGAACUGGCCGAGAUCCAGGCGAACCAUGAGUACGAAAUGAGCGUGGGUAAGGCCGGAUAUCUGGAAAUCCUCCGCGGGUCUAUUGGAAAGCGGUUGGCGACCGGCUGUGCUGUUCAGGCAUUGCAGCAGUUGGCCGGUGUGAACUUUAUCUGUACGUCUCCUCCCUUUACAUACUACUGGCAUGAUACUAACUUGGUAUAG